AUGGAUGAAAAGAGUAGUAGGACAUCCAUGGUCUUACAAAAUGAUCUUUGGCUUUUCUGCGGACGUAAAGCCUAUAAGGAAAUUCCUAAAAGUUUUUCAGGGAUUUGCACCCUUGGUAUUGUAGUUCCAUUGAUUUAUAAGUUAGACAAUAUUUCUUCGCUUCGUCUUCGCAAUAAGAGAGAUGUUAAUGCUCCUAUAGUUCAUUAUGCUGAAACUGCAAUUGCUAGGGCUGCCCUGCCCCCUCUUGGUGUUGCCAUGAAUUACAGGGACCUCCACAGACUCUCCAACUGGACAGAAGGGCUAUUCAAUGCAACUAUAAAAGCCUUGAAAGUAAUUAACCAAGAAAUGUCCAAUAUUCGUGAGGUUACCCUGCAGAAUCGCUAUGCUUUGGACACCAUUUUGGCCUCCAAGGGAGGGGUGUGUGGGUUAGUGUUGUCACACUGCUGUAUGUAUAUAAAAGAUUAUAAUCUUAGUAUUUCCACAACUAUUAAUGAAAUGGAAGCCAUGGUUAAACAAAAUCCGAUCUCACAUCCUCCCAUUCCUGACCCUUGGGAAUGGCUUUUUUCCUGGCUCCCUGAUGGAGUUUGGUUUCGUCAUUUAUUGCUAAUAGGCUUAGGAUUGGUUAUAGGAUUUGUGUGUAUUUGUUGUUGCAUACAAUGUGUUCCCUCGCUGAUCACCCAAUGUAUGGGGUGGUGGUCUUCACGACGCACUUCCUUAGGUGUCCCCCGCCGAGAAUAUGUUGCCAGAUAUACGCGCUUUCGCAAUGAAAUUUAUGACUCUGAUUAA